CAGCAAGUUCCCCUUCUGGAGAACGCGGCGGUAUUCCCCUGAUGGCACAGUGGGCUGCACGUUGGGCUGUUUAACUGCAAGAGUUAUGUCAUGCCCAGACCAGCAGAGGGCCCCAUGAGGAGUUAUAGAAGAUGCCCCGCGUCUGGGCGCCUUUGCUGCUGCUUCCCGUGUGGCUCCUGAUGGUCGCCUGCAGCCCGCACUCCCUGAGGAUCGCGGCUAUCCUGGACGACCCCAUGGAGUGCAGCAGAGGGGAGAGACUUUCCAUCACCCUGGCCAAGAACCGCAUCAACCGUGCUCCUGAGAGGCUGGGCAAGGCCAAGGUCGAAGUGGACAUCUUUGAGCUUCUCAGAGACAGCGAGUACGAGACUGCAGAAACCAGUGCCAUCGAGCCAGUCUGACCCAUAGC